UAUUAAACAUAUUGUGGCCAAUAAAGUUUGACAGCAACUAAUGGGAGGUGUCGGUAGGGAAAGAUAAGUGGUGUUAAUUGCACUGGACCAUCCUUUAAUACAAAUAUGUCUCUCCGGUGAACAGAAAUAUGUCUCUCCGGUGAACAGAGACAUGGAAAGUAUGGAACAUGUUCGAAGUGGCUAUAACAACCAGUCAAUAUGCCUCUUUGAAACGUGUUUUAUUUAUACUCUCCACGACAAGUCUACUUACUUCCCAACACGAGCCAAAAUUGACACAAAAAAAUGGAAGAUGUUUUGACUCUCAUUACCAUGAUUGUGUUGCUUCUUCUAGCUUUCCAUGGAUUUGGAAAAUGCAGUAGCGAUCUUUACAGCAGGAGCGAUUUCCCGGAAGGCUUCGUUUUCGGAGCCGGGAUAUCUGCUUAUCAGUGGGAAGGAGCUGUUGAUGAAGAUGGGAGGAAACCUAGCGUCUGGGAUACUUUCCUUCACUGUCGUAAAAUGGAUAAUGGAGACAUAGCUUGUGAUGGAUAUCACAAGUAUAAGGAAGAUGUGCAGCUCAUGGCCGAAACUGGCUUACAUACAUUCAGAUUCUCCAUCUCUUGGUCUAGACUCAUCUCUAAUGGAAGAGGUUCCAUUAACCCGAAAGGUCUACAGUUCUACAAGAAUUUCAUUCAAGAACUUGUCAAACAUGGAAUUGAGCCACAUGUUACACUACAUCACUACGAUUUUCCUCAAUAUCUCGAGGAUGACUAUGGAGGCUGGACCAACCGCAAAAUCAUCAAAGACUUUACCGCUUAUGCAGAUGUUUGCUUUAGAGAGUUUGGGAACCACGUCAAAUUCUGGACCACGAUCAACGAGGCUAAUAUAUUUACUAUUGGAGGUUACAACGAUGGGAAUUCACCGCCUGGUCGUUGCUCCUUUCCGGGCAGAAACUGCACGUUAGGGAACUCUUCCACUGAAACAUAUAUCGUAGGCCAUAACUUGCUGCUUGCUCACGCCUCUGUUUCAAGACUAUAUAAGCAAAAGUACAAGGAUAUACAAGGAGGUUCUGUUGGAUUUAGUUUAUUUGCAAUGAAUUUUACUCCUUCUACAAACUCCAAGGAUGAUGAAAUCGCAACGAAAAGAGCCAACGAUUUCUACCUCGGAUGGAUGCUUGAGCCUCUUAUAUAUGGAGACUAUCCUGAUGUGAUGAAAAGAACCAUUGGAUCAAGACUGCCAGUUUUCUCGAAGGAAGAAUCAGAACAAGUGAAAGGCUCAUCUGACUUCAUAGGAGUCAUUCACUAUCUCACGGCUUUGGUCACAAACAUCGAUAUCAACCCUUCACUUUCAGGAAUUCCAGAUUUUAACUCAGACAUGGGUGAAUCUAUUAAUAUUUUAUCUAUGAGGGUAAGAAUUUCAAGGCUACCAAAUUCAGAUGAAAAGUGCCUAAUAUUCUUUAUAACUUUAAGUAUUCCCAAUCCAUUUUUACUAGUUGUGGCGUUUGUUUUUGUUUGGACAAGUCUGUUGUUUCUCCAUGGGCUAUGGAAGGCAUCCUAGAGUAUAUAAAGCAGAGCUAUGGCAAUCCUCCAGUCUACAUUCUUGAGAAUGGUAAAACAAUGAACCAAGAUUUGGAGCUGCAACAAAAGGACACACCAAGGAUUGAGUACUUAGAUGCUUACAUUGGUGCGGUGCUCAAAGCUGUUAGGAAUGGAUCAGACACGAGAGGCUACUUCGUAUGGUCAUUUAUGGAUUUGUACGAAUUACUAAACGGAUACAAGAGUAGUUUUGGAUUGUACUCUGUCAAUUUCAGUGAUCCCCAUCGCAAGAGAUCUCCCAAACUCUCUGCUCACUGGUACUCUGGUUUUCUCAAGGGCAAACCCACAUUUCUUGGUUCCCAAGGCAUCACACAAUUGCAUAGCAACUUCUCUUCUUCCAGAUAGUGCUAGUGUAGUAGAAUUGCUAUUAAUUCUGAUGUAUCCGGUUCAGUUUAUAGUCAGAUUCUUGAAUAAAGAAGAUAUAUAAUAAGAUUUUUUAAAACACAUGCAAGCACACAUCCCCUAUAUAAUAAAAACUAAUUACUGAUUUUCUCUUCAUACUACUCGCGAUGGAC